AAAUAUUUGUUUCUCUGCACAUUUUGACUUCAAGGGAAUAUUGCAUGGCUAUCGUAACGUUUUAGUAUUAUAUUUCAAAAUGUGUAGUCUUUUAUAAGAUUUGUGUUUUUUAUGCCCCUGGCAUCUACUGAUGCAGGAGUCGUAUAGUGAUUGUCCUUUCCGUCCGUCGGUCCGUUCAUCCGUCCGUCCGUACGAGGUUAACCAAAUGGGACUGUUUCGUCUAGCAUCAAUACCCCUUACUAGAAUGACUACUAAUGCAGAUGUAACCUGUGACCAUUCCUAAUCUUCAGACAUCACCUGACCUUAGUUUGACCUUGACCUCGACCUCAUUUUGGACUUAGGUUGCUUUAUAUGGGCCAUCUCUUGGUUAACCAAAUGGGACCGUUUCGUCUAGCAUCAAUACCGCUUACAAGAAUGAAUUGAUACUAAUACAGGUGUAACCUGUGACCAUUCCUCAUCCUCAAACAUCACCUGACCUCAGUUUGACCUUGACCUCGUUAUGGACUUAGGUUGCUUUGAAUCGGCAAGGAUGCCACCGGGGGCAUCGAGCGUUUAUUGAACGCAGCUCCUUGUUUUAUUUGUCUUUAUUUAGCACCUUUAAGUGACUCACUGAGUUACAUACUUAUGCUUACAAUUUUCUAUUGUUUUUUAUUCACACCAAUCUUAUUUCACAGAUCUGGGCAAGCAUCAUGUCUACGUACACCACUAGAAAUAAAGAAGAUGUUUGGAAAUGUCAAAAGCAGAGCAAAAGAAAAGUAUGACAAUAACAAAAAGGCUGGGGGUGGUCCAGCAAUUAGCCUAAGCCCAACAGAAGAGCUUGUUAUAAACCACUUACUGCUGAACAACAAGUCUCAAAUGACUGGGCUGGAGGGUGGUGUAGACUUCCUUAUACCCUCUUCAACAAAUCAAGUUUCACAGCUGCUUCCACAAAGUAAACAUGUGACUGCUGCAAACACUAACAAGGAAACAACAUGUAUAACAGUUCAGGAAGAGUUUGAAGGUGAUAACAUAAUUGACAGGUAAUGCAACUGAAAUACCUCAUGCUAAAUGCAUUUAAAUUUAAUGGUAAUUGUCAGAGAUUAAAUAACUCAUUACUAUUGUAUUGAAAAUAUACUCCAAUAGUUAUGGGUCA